GAAAACAAGAUAAUUUCUGAUUUAUAUCUGUUGUCUAUUUUAAAUGAAAUUAAUGAGUUUAAAAAAAAGAUUCCAAACUGUUCAUUCAUUUCAUGACUGAGAGCUUGUGGUUAGCAGCUGAGAUGUGAAGUUACUACAUUAGCUAAUAUAAUUUAUGGCAUCUGUUUUGUGGAAUAUGUGAAGGAGUGUUAGCUUGUAUUGUUUGGGUGGAAACCAGACAAUGCAGCUAACCAGAAACAAAGGAAUAUUAAGUGUAAUUAGUAGUAUAAUAAUCUAAACAAAUUUAUGUACUUUAGUCUCUGUUUUAUAAAAUUUAUGUCUAAUUCAGUCAGUAUUACAUAGCUACUCUGUGUAUAUACUGUAGGAAUUCAAGAAGAGAACAUAUAAAAGUGAAAAAGAUGGAAGUUUUCUUGUCCAGAAGAUUUAAACAAGGUGGUGUGAAAUAUAAGAAAACAAAAGUUGGUUAUCAUAUAAAAUAAAUACUCAAUCACUUGUGGAUUUUCUAAAUGAAGGAGCCAUCAUUAAUUCAUUCAAUUACUAAUAUCAUUUAAAAAUUAUUUACUUGCUACCCAUUAAGUACCAGACACUGUGCCUGUUGUUAAUAAUACAAUAACAAAUAAGGAUAAGAGUGUUAUUAGCUAUAAGGAUUGUAACUUGGAUAAAUGAUGAAUUAAUAAUGUAGUGACAUUUUUAUAUAAAUUGAAUUAGGUAGCAUAAAUUAUAAAAAAAAAAAACCUGUAGAAAAUGAAAUCAAGCUGUGUUUUGUAGGUAGGGGAUACAUAGAUUGUCAUGAGGAAGAGAAAGCACAUAGGUUGGAAGUCAGAACAUUUAGCUUGUUAGAGUUGGGGUAGCAGGUAGGGGGAAAAGAGACAAGGAGGCUGAUGAGCUUGAGGACCAGGUGGCAUUAUAAGAAAUGAUUUAUUUCCUAAAACUUUCCUCUUUUUACCUUCUUUAAGCAAUGAUGUGUGAAGUGAUGCCCACGAUUAACGAGGACACCCCAAUGAGCCAAAGGGGGUCCCAAAGCAGUGGCUCGGACUCAGACUCUCAUUUUGAGCAGCUGAUGGUGAAUAUGCUAGAUGAAAGGGAUCGUCUUCUAGACACCCUUCGGGAGACCCAGGAAAGCCUCUCGCUUGCCCAGCAAAGACUUCAGGAUGUCAUCUAUGACAGAGAUUCGCUCCAGAGACAGCUCAAUUCAGCCCUGCCCCAGGAUAUCGAAUCCCUAACAGGAGGUCUGACUGGUUCUAAGGGGGCUGAUCCACCGGAAUUUGCUGCACUGACAAAAGAAUUAAAUGCCUGCAGAGAACAACUUCUAGAAAAGGAAGAAGAAAUCUCUGAACUUAAAGCUGAAAGAAACAACACAAGACUGUUACUGGAGCAUUUGGAGUGCCUUGUGUCACGACAUGAAAGGUCACUAAGAAUGACAGUGGUGAAACGACAAGCUCAGUCCCCCUCAGGAGUGUCCAGCGAAGUUGAGGUUCUCAAAGCACUGAAAUCUUUGUUUGAACACCACAAGGCCUUGGAUGAAAAGGUAAGGGAGCGACUGAGGGUUUCUUUAGAAAGAGUCUCUGCACUGGAAGAAGAACUAGCUGCUGCUAAUCAGGAGAUUGUUGCAUUGCGUGAACAAAAUGUUCAUAUUCAAAGAAAAAUGGCAUCCAGUGAGGGAUCCACAGAGUCAGAACAUCUUGAAGAGAUUGAGCCUGGUCAGAAAGUCCAUGAAAAGCGUUUGUCCAAUGGCUCUAUAGACUCAACUGAUGACACUAGUCAAAUAGUUGAACUACAAGAAUUGCUUGAAAAGCAAAACUAUGAAAUGGCACAAAUGAAAGAACGUCUAGCCGCCCUGUCUUCCCGAGUGGGAGAGGUGGAACAGGAAGCAGAGACAGCGAGAAAGGAUCUCAUUAAAACGGAAGAAAUGAAUACAAAAUAUCAAAGGGACAUUAGAGAGGCCAUGGCACAGAAGGAAGAUAUGGAAGAGAGAAUCACUACCCUUGAGAAGCGUUACCUCAGUGCUCAGAGGGAAUCUACCUCCAUACAUGACAUGAACGAUAAACUGGAAAAUGAGUUGGCAAAUAAAGAGGCCAUCCUACGGCAGAUGGAAGAGAAGAAUAGACAGUUACAAGAGCGCCUUGAGCUGGCUGAGCAAAAGUUGCAGCAGACUAUGAGAAAGGCUGAAACCUUACCUGAAGUCGAGGCUGAACUGGCUCAGAGAAUUGCAGCUCUGACGAAGGCGGAAGAGAGACAUGGAAAUAUUGAAGAACGUAUGAGACAUCUAGAAGGUCAACUUGAAGAAAAAAAUCAAGAGCUUCAAAGAGCUAGACAAAGAGAGAAAAUGAAUGAAGAGCACAAUAAAAGGUUAUCUGAUACUGUGGACAGACUUCUGACAGAAUCCAACGAACGUCUACAGCUGCACUUAAAGGAAAGAAUGGCUGCUCUGGAAGAGAAGAAUGUUUUAAUUCAAGAAUCAGAAACUUUCAGAAAGAAUCUUGAGGAAUCUUUACAUGAUAAGGAAAGAUUAGCAGAAGAAAUUGAAAAGCUGAGAUCUGAACUUGACCAAAUGAAAAUGAGAACUGGCUCUUUAAUUGAACCGGCAAUAUCAAGAACUCAUCUAGACACCUCAGCUGAGUUGCGGUAUUCAGUGGGAUCACUAGUGGACAGCCAGUCUGAUUAUAGAACAACUAAAGUAAUACGAAGACCAAGAAGAGGCCGCAUGGGUGUGCGAAGAGAUGAGCCAAAGGUGAAGUCUCUUGGGGAUCAUGAAUGGAAUAGAACUCAACAAAUUGGAGUACUAAGCAGCCACCAUUUUGAAAGUGACACUGAAAUGUCUGACAUUGAUGAUGAUGACAGAGAAACAAUAUUUAGCUCAAUGGAUCUUCUCUCUCCAAGUGGCCAUUCUGAUGCCCAGACUCUAGCUAUGAUGCUUCAAGAACAAUUGGAUGCCAUAAACAAAGAAAUCAGGCUGAUUCAGGAAGAAAAAGAAUCUACAGAAUUGCGUGCUGAAGAAAUUGAGAAUAGAGUGGCUAGCGUGAGCCUGGAAGGCCUGAAUUUGGCAAGGGUACACCCAGGUACCUCCAUCACUGCCUCAGUUACAGCCUCAUCACUGGCCAGUUCAUCUCCCCCCAGUGGACACUCAACACCAAAGCUCACCCCGCGAAGCCCUGCCAGGGAAAUGGAUCGCAUGGGAGUCAUGACACUGCCAAGUGAUUUAAGGAAGCAUCGGAGAAAGAUUGCAGUGGUGGAAGAAGACGGUCGGGAGGAUAAAGCAACAAUUAAAUGUGAAACAUCUCCUCCUCCUACCCCUAGGGCCAUCAGAAUGACUCACACCCUCCCUUCUUCCUACCACAACGAUGCCCGAAGUAGUUUAUCUGCCUCCCUUGAGCCAGAAAGCCUUGGGCUUGGUAGUGCCAACAGCAGCCAAGACUCUCUUCACAAAGCCCCCAAGAAAAAAGGAAUCAAGUCUUCAAUAGGACGUUUGUUUGGUAAAAAAGAAAAAGCUCGACUUGGGCAGCUCCGAGGGUUUAUGGAGACCGAAGCUGCAGCCCAGGAGUCCCUGGGUUUAGGCAAACUUGGAACUCAAGCUGAAAAGGAUAGAAGACUGAAGAAAAAGCAUGAACUUCUAGAAGAAGCUCGGAGAAAGGGAUUACCUUUUGCCCAGUGGGAUGGGCCCACCGUGGUGGCCUGGCUAGAGCUCUGGUUAGGAAUGCCUGCUUGGUAUGUGGCAGCUUGCCGUGCCAAUGUGAAGAGUGGUGCCAUCAUGUCUGCUUUAUCAGACACUGAGAUCCAGAGAGAAAUUGGAAUCAGCAACCCUCUGCAUCGCCUAAAGCUCCGAUUAGCAAUCCAGGAGAUGGUUUCCCUGACAAGCCCUUCAGCUCCUCCGACGUCCCGAACACCUUCAGGCAACGUUUGGGUGACCCAUGAAGAAAUGGAAAAUCUUGCAGCUCCAGCAAAAGUGAAAGAAUCUGAGGAAGGAAGCUGGGCCCAGUGUCCGGUUUUUCUACAGACCUUGGCUUAUGGAGAUAUGAACCACGAGUGGAUUGGAAAUGAAUGGCUUCCCAGUCUGGGGUUACCUCAAUACAGAAGUUACUUUAUGGAAUGCUUGGUAGAUGCAAGGAUGUUAGAUCAUCUAACAAAAAAAGAUCUCCGUGUCCAUUUAAAAAUGGUGGAUAGUUUCCAUCGAACAAGUUUACAAUAUGGAAUAAUGUGCUUAAAGAGGUUGAAUUAUGACAGAAAAGAGCUAGAAAGAAGACGAGAAGCAAGUCAACAUGAAAUAAAAGAUGUGUUGGUGUGGAGCAAUGACCGAGUUAUUCGCUGGAUACAAGCAAUUGGACUUCGAGAUUAUGCAAAUAAUAUUCUUGAGAGUGGUGUGCACGGCUCCCUUAUAGCCCUGGAUGAGAACUUUGACUACAGCAGCCUAGCUUUAUUAUUACAGAUUCCAACACAGAACACCCAGGCAAGGCAGAUUCUUGAAAGGGAAUACAAUAACCUCUUGGCCCUGGGAACUGAACGGCGACUGGAUGAAAGUGAUGACAAGAAUUUCAGACGUGGGUCGACCUGGAGAAGGCAGUUUCCUCCUCGUGAAGUACAUGGAAUCAGUAUGAUGCCUGGCUCCUCAGAAACAUUACCAGCUGGAUUUAGGUUAACUACAACCUCUGGACAGUCAAGGAAGAUGGCAACAGAUGUUGCUUCAUCAAGACUGCAGAGGUUAGACAACUCCACUGUUCGCACAUACUCAUGUUGACAAGCCACUCAAAGGAGGCAGCACUGACCUGCUGUGAGUAGUUUCCCUUGACUGCCAAAAAGCAAACCAACAGAAAACUGGAACCUACAUAGCCUAGUAAAUAAACACCGUAGUCUUUGCUAUGGCCUGGCAGCACAGAAGUGAGAUAACUAACCCCUUUGGAUUGCUAGGUGGGGAAAGGAAUCAUUGUACUGAAACUUGAUCUAGUAUUUCGUAUCACUUUCUGUCUGCUGUGGUUUAAAUCUCUGGUUGAAGGCCUGUCACACUCUUAUUCCUCAUCAGUGGGUUGCUUGUACACUGUCAUCUACUAUUUGGUAGUAUUUUAUAUGGAUUCACCUAGCAUUUUAUUGGUGAGUUUGACACCCAAUAAUAUAUAUUUUCUGUGAGUAUUUUUUAUAAGCGGGGGCUGAAGAAAGCAGAUAGUGAUUUAAGCAGGUUCACAAAGUAAAUAGUGUCAGAGACAAGACAGUAAUUUGGAUAUAAUUUCAUACUAAGAAACCAAAGUAGUAACCAUCGAAAUUUUGAACAUUUAAUAUGUUGAUUUUCAUCAAUGCAACUUGCAUUUGUUGAAAACAAACAUGAAUUUUAAGUAUCUGUGACUCUCAAUAGAGACACAA